AUGUAAUUUAUUCCUCUUGAAAUGCCCUUUCCUUUGCAAUUUGUCCUAGGAAUGAAGCAAGGAAUCACAGCAGGUUUUGUCCUUAUCGUCCUAACUCCAAGGGCUUAGUUCCUGCUGACAUACCCUUUAUAAAACUUCAGUUUGUGCAACAAAUUUUCUCACCUCUCCUCCACUGAUCGACCACUUGAAAGUCCAAACAAGGAGGAGAAAGAAACAUCUUACUGUGUUUUUUUAAGACUUUUAAGACUUACAAAUAGAUAAGAUGAAGUCAUAUACUUUGGUGGUUUUCUUUGUUAUAUUACUAUGCACAGAAGCUGCCAUGGUGCAUGGUGAUGAUAAGGGCAACAAAGGGAAUGGAAACAAUGGCAAUGGCAAUGGCAAAGGCAAAGGCAAAGGCAAUGGCCACGAUGACAAUUACAACGGUAAGGGAAAGAAUAAGGGCAAUGAAAAGGAUAAAAAUAAGGAUAAGCAGAAGAAAAACGAUGGUGAAUUGGAUUACGACAACUUGUCACCAUCAGAGCUUGGCCAAGAAAGAGCAUACUGCAAAGGAAAAGGUGCUUGUUACCAGAAGACCCUUGUUUGUCCAUCUGAAUGCCCCCAGAGGAAGCCUAAGAAGAAUAAGAAGAUUAAGGCAUGCCAUGUUAACUGCGGCAGCAAGUGCGAAGCCACUUGCAAGUGGAGGAAACCAAAGUGCGAUGGCUAUGGCUCUCUCUGCUACGACCCUCGUUUUGUUGGUGGUGAUGGAGUUAUGUUCUAUUUCCACGGAUCAAAGGAUGGAAACUUUGCCAUUGUCUCAGAUGAUAAGUUGCAGAUCAAUGCUCAUUUCAUUGGCACUAGACCACAAGGACGGACUCGUGACUUCACAUGGGUGCAAGCCUUGGCUGUCAUGUUUGAUACUCACACUCUUGUCAUUGCAGCCAACAGAGUUUCUCAGUGGGAUGACAAUGUUGAUGCUCUCAGUGUAAGAUGGAAUGGCGAGGCGGUUAACAUCCCUUAUGACGGAGACGCUGAAUGGAGGACUAAUGGUGAAGAAAGAGAAGUGCUAGUAGAAAGAACUGAUGACAAGAACAGUGUUAGAGUCAAGGUAUCUGGUCUGGUGGAGAUCGACAUAAGGGUGAGACCAAUUGGCAAAGAAGAAAACCGGGUUCACAACUAUCAGUUACCUGAUGAUGAUGCCUUCGCUCACUUGGAAACACAAUUCAAAUUCACCAAUAUGAGUGAUCUUGUCGAAGGAGUCCUGGGAAAGACUUACCGGCCCGAUUAUGUUAGCCCUGUCAAGAGAGGGGUGCCUAUGCCAAUGAUGGGUGGGGAAGACAAGUACCAAACUCCAUCCCUCUUUUCACCUUUCUGCAAUGCUUGCAGGUUUCAGAGACCAUCUGGAGUUGCUAGCAUCUGAAGAGUUUCUCCAUGCUGAUAAUAAUCAGAGAAGAAAUAAAUUGGUCUCUGCAAAUGAACCAAGCUUAUAACUAAACAGAUGAGUCAAUCAUCUUGUUUUGCGUGUUUUUACCUUCCUAAUUUUGUUAUUUUAAACAAAUAAGGGCCAUACGAAAGUUGCCCAUCAUAUACAUAUAAUUAAUUAGUUUUUAUGUGCUUAAAAUAUUUCUUAAUGCUGAAAUGCUUAUCUUGCUAA